ACGCGACCAUUUUUUUUUAUCUUCGACUCUUGGUUAUACUAUAAAGCACUGGAUGCUUUUAUAAACCACAAACAGUUCGAAGACGUCAGCUCAAAGUGUGUAACGUCAUUGUUCAAUAAAUUUUAUCAAUUUUCUAUACAUAUAAAACUUCAUUCAGUGCAUUCUUCUUCUUCUUCUUCUUCGUUUAUUUUCUUAAAAAUUGAGUUUUCAAAUAUUACACGCGAUUGUGAUUUUCAAAAAAAAAAAUCAAUAAGGGUGAACUGUAAAGUUUUUUUAAAAAUUUUUUUCAGUUUUUUUUUUUUUUAAUUUCAAAAUGCCAUUUUUGGGCACUGAAUCCGUGAAUGGACAUGGACAACUUAAAAGGCCCAAUGAAAACGAGUUUUUGCAUACUCUCGUGAAACAUGCACCUCACACUUCAUAUACUUUUGAAGCGUUACAAGAGAGCGCAAAAUAUCUAUUGGAUCGAGUACCAUUCACUCCAAAAAUAGGAAUAAUAUGUGGGUCCGGAAUGGGAGAAUCUGAACAAAGUGAGUUGUGUCCAGGUUCAAUAGCAGAUUCGCUCACGGAGAAGCAAUGCUUUCCCUAUGAAGAGAUCCCGCACUUUCCAGUUUCAACGGUGACGGGUCACGUUGGACAGCUGGUCUUCGGUUAUCUCGAGAAUGUCCCAGUCAUGUGUAUGCAGGGCAGGUUCCACUACUACGAAGGCUAUCCACUUUGGAAGUGUGCAAUGCCCGUGAGAGUAAUGAAGCUUGUUGGUGUGACUCAUUUAAUUGCAACGAAUGCGGCCGGGGGUUUGAAUCCCAAUUACAAGAUCGGAGAUAUCAUGUUGGUGAAGGAUCAUGUAAACAUGAUGGGAUUUGCUGGCAACAAUCCACUCCAAGGACCAAAUGAUGAUAGAUUUGGUCCCAGAUUUCCACCUAUGAAUAAAGCUUACAGCACAACACUUAUGGAUAUUGGUAGUCAAGUCGCAGAAGAGAUGGGAAUUGCCGAUAUCGUUCACAAAGGUGUUUAUACGUGUCUAGGAGGUCCCAGUUUUGAAACUGUUGCCGAAUUGAAGAUGCUUCGAAUGGUGGGAGUUGAUGCAGUCGGAAUGUCAACUGUUCAUGAAGUUAUUACUGCCAGACAUUGUGACCUGACCGUUUUUACAUUUAGUCUUAUAACGAAUAUUUGUGUGACGGAUUACAAUGAUCAUAGCGAGGCAAAUCACGAGGAAGUUAUAGAUGUUGGCAAAAGUAGACAACCUGUACUUCGAGACUUUGUUCGACGAAUGGUUCUUCGUUUGGAUGAUAUUAUAAAGAGCAAUUCAAAAUAGAAUUUUAUUCUAUAGGUCAUAAAUCUCCGUUAUUAGUGUCAAUUUUCAUGUACUUUUCUCGAAUCUUUGACUACAAAAAAUAGAAAAGAAAAAAAAUUCCAGUAAAUCGAAAUAAAAAAAAAGAUCUUUGAAUCUUCACCGUGAAUGAAACAGCGCUUAUUUAAAUCGAUUUCUACAUAAUAGGUAUUUAUAAACUUGUUUGUUCUCACAGUUCCUCUAAUUUUUUUUUUUUUUUUUUUUUUAUUUAGAAAAAUCUAUCCUCUCGAGUUAAUAAAGAAAUCGGUCAAUUAAUCAUCUAAGUGUCUUAAAUAUUUCAAAAGCAACUGGAAUUGCAGAAAGAAAAGAAAAAUCUUGUUUAUUGAGCAUAAAGUAUAAUAUAAUUGAAGUAAAUAAUUAAAAUUCAUUUUAAUUGAAUUUUAUGAGAUAAAAAAUAAUUAUUCCUUUACUAUGUCAGAGGAUAAUUUAAAAUCUUGACAUUAUACAUGAACAAAUAUUUUGGUUGAUAAAAAAUUACAAAAAGAAAUUGCUAUUAAAAAAUCGAUUUAACUGAAAUAAUUAAAAAAAAUUUUUAUUAUUAUAUCUAUAAUAAGAGAAAAAUUAACUUUCAAUAUGAAUGUUAAAAUGAAUGAAUAAAGAAAAGGAAACAAAAAUUUGUUAUUUUCGAAUUAAAAGAAAACAAAUUGUACUAAUAUUAGAUUUGAAAAAGAAAAAUGAAACGCAAAGUUUGAAAUGUAAUGUAAAGUCUAACAUAUUUGAAAAAUUACAAGGGGAAAAGAAAGUUUAGAAAAAGAAAAGCUUAAGAGCAGUUAAAAAGUAAUGGAGUAAAAGGGAAGAGGUGCUCGUAUAUGGGGAAAUUUCCCAGUCGUGACACGUACUUGCAAAAGGCUCAGACUUUUAUGUGUUCCUUUCUGAACCGUCUGACGUUUCAGACUGUUGAAAAUGAACACUAUUCUCAACUUUCGAGUGCAAAGAAAUUUUCAGCCACUCAACAUUUUUCCCCAUAUCAGCAACUAGCGGGGGGAAAAAAAAUGAAUGUCUUUUUAUCUUUCUUGACAUAUUGCAGAAAAAUUCAAAAUAUAUAUCUAAAUGCAAGUACUGUAAACUGUGACCAAUUUUUAUUUAUUAAAAAUUUCAUUUAUUAAAUACAAAAUGUUAUUGCGCUUAAAAUAAAUAUAAGUAUUAAUUUCACAUAAUAACAAAACAAAAUAUUUAUAUAAUAUGCACUUAUUUUAUUUAACUUUUUACUUUAGAACUUAUAUAUUUUAUGUUAGACUAUAGAUAUAAAUAUACGUAUGUUGUAUUUUUUCAUAAAAUUUAAGUUUCAUAAAAUAAAAUUUCACUCUACGCAAA